CCGAGAACUCUCAUCUCUACACCAAUUGGUUGUAAUCAAAGUCUUUGCUCUGUAAAUUUAUUUAUUUUAAGUGCUUAAAAUGCAGUCAGAUAAAUACAGUGAAACGCUAAGACAGCUGGAAAAUGAAGAAUUCGAGAAUACCGCACUCGGCGCCGAAGUUUACCAAAAGAUGAUGGCAAUUUAUCUCUAUCAAAACAAACUUGCUAAUGCGAAACUGCUUUGGAUGCGUAUAUCCGAUAACUUGAAGGAACAGAACAAAGAACUGGCACAAUUUAAUCUUUUGAAUCUUGCUCUGCAGUACAACAAUUACUCAGAUUUCUUCAAGCACAUCAAAUAUGAGUGGUCUGAGGUUAAUAAGCCCAUUGUUAAUGAUCUAUUGGUCCAAAAACGCGAUGAGCUCUUCAACUUGACGUCAACUGCAUACGUCUCAAUUUAUGAGCAAAAUUUGCUUGAAAUGGCACAAAUUACGCCUGAUGAACUUAAAAAUGCUUGCUUGGACUGGACACGCGAACUAGACGGAGAUAAACACAUUCUUCUACCGAAAAUAAGGGAGCCCACACCUCGCGUUGCCAGCGAUGAUCAAUUGCUUAAGUUAACCGAAUUUGUGUCGUUUUUAGAGAACUAAUUCAAUGUAAACAUUCAACAAAAACGGCUUCGUCAAUCCGCCUUUUAAAAA